GGCUGGUUGGCGCGGAAUCGGGAGACUUUGGGACCAUGGCGCCUGUGCACGGCGAUGACUGCGAGCUGCAGGGCAGCGAGUCAGGGAGUUUUGUAGCUUCUCGAGCCCGGCGAGAAAAAAAGUCAAAGAAAGGACGCCAGGAAGCUCUAGAAAGACUGAAAAAGGCUAAAGCUGGUGAGAAGUAUAAGUAUGAAGUCGAGGACUUCACAAGUGUCUAUGAAGAAGUUGAUGAAGAGCAGUAUUCGAAGCUGGUUCAGGCACGCCAGGAUGAUGACUGGAUCGUGGAUGAUGAUGGUAUUGGCUACCAGGAAGAUGGCCGAGAGAUUUUUGAUGAUGACCUUGAAGAUGAUGCCCUUGACACCAGUGGGAAAGGAAAAGAUAGCAGUAAAGUACGCAGCAAAGAUAAGAGAAAUGUGAAGAAGCCUGCGGUGACAAAACCAAACAAUAUCAAGUCAAUGUUCAUCGCUAGUGCUGGAAAGAAAACCGCAGAUAAAGCUAUAGAUUUGUCAAAGGAUGAUCUCCUCGGUGACAUUCUACAGGAUUUGAACACUGGGGCAUCUCAAGUAACUCCACCACCAGUAAUAAGGCUGAAGAAAAGAUCCAUUGGAGCUUCACUGAAUCCUUUUUCUGUGCACACCCCCAAGGCAGUUCCUUCAGGAAAAACGGCUCCCCCUGUCUUCAGGAAAGAGCCUCCUUUAACUCCUAUUCCUGUAAAACGUGCUGAAUUUUCUGGAGAGCUGGUACAGACUGAACACAUAGAAGACGAGCAGGAAUCAGGGAUGAUGGAGUUUGAAGAUGGGGACUUUGAUGAGCCCAUGGAUGCUGAGGAGGUGGACAUGGAACCAGUGGCUGCCAAGACUUGGGACCAAGAGAAUGAGCCAGCAGAGGGGGUGAAACACGAAGCAGAUCCCGGGAAAGGGACCACAUCCUACUUAGAAAGUUUUCUCCCAGAUGUCUCUUGUUGGGAUAUUGGUCAGGAAGAUGACAGUAAUUUCUCAACUCAGGAAGUUAAAGUGGAUUCCAGUCACCUCCCAUUGGUAAAAGGGACAGAUGGGGACCAAGUGUUCCAGUUCUAUUGGCUGGAUGCUUAUGAAGAUCAGUACAACCAACCAGGUAUAGCAUUUGUGUUUGGCAAAGUUCGGAUUGAAUCAGCCAAAACCCAUGUGAGCUGUUGUGUAAUGGUGAAAAACAUCGAGCGAACACUCUACUUCCUUCCUCGUGAAAUGAAGAUUGACCUAAAUACAGGGAAAGAAACAGGAACUCCAGUUACGAUGAAGGAUGUUUAUGAUGAAUUUGAUGAGAAAAUAGCAACAAAAUAUAAAAUUAUGAAGUUCAAGUCUAAGAUAGUGGAAAAGAACUAUGCUUUUGAGAUACCUGAUGUCCCCGAAAAAUCUGAGUACUUGGAAGUUAGAUACUCGGCUGAAGGGCCACAGCUUCCUCAGGACUUGAAAGGAGAAACUUUUUCUCAUGUGUUUGGGACCAACACAUCCAGCUUGGAACUGUUCUUGAUGAACAGAAAGAUCAAAGGACCUUGUUGGCUCGAAGUAAAAAAUCCACAGCUCUUAAAUCCGCCAAUCAGUUGGUGUAAAGUUGAGGCAAUAGCUUUGAAACCAGACUUGGUGAAUGUAAUUAAGGACGUUGGGCCUCCUCCACUUGUGGUGAUGUCUUUCAGCAUGAAGACAAUGCAGAAUGCAAAGUACCAUCAAAAUGAGGUUAUUGCAGUGGUGGCUUUGGUCCAUCACAGUUUUGCGUUAGAUAAAGCAGCCCCACAGCCUCCCUUUCAGUCACACUUCUGUGUUGUUUCUAAACUAAAGGACUGUAUUUUUCCAUAUGCUUUCAAAGAACUUGUUGAGAAAAAGAACGUGAAGGUUGAGGUUGCUGCAACAGAAAGAACACUGCUAGGAUUUUUCCUUGCAAAAGUUCACAAAAUUGACCCUGACGUCAUUGUGGGUCAUAAUAUUUAUGGGUUUGAACUGGAAUUGCUACUGCAGAGAAUUAAUGUGUGCAAAGUUCCUCACUGGUCCAAGAUAGGUCGACUGAAGCGAUCCAACAUGCCAAAACUUGGGGGUCGGAGUGGAUUUGGUGAAAGGAAUGCUACUUGUGGCCGAAUGAUCUGUGAUGUGGAAAUUUCAGCAAAGGAAUUGAUUCGUUGUAAAAGCUACCAUUUAUCUGAACUCGUUCAGCAGAUUCUGAGAACUGAAAGAGAUGUAAUCCCAAUGGAAAAUAUACAAAAUAUGUACAGUGAACCUUCUCAUCUGUUGUACCUGUUGGAGCACACCUGGAAAGAUGCCAGGUUCAUUUUGCAGAUCAUGUGUGAGCUAAAUGUUCUUCCAUUAGCAUUGCAGAUCACUAACAUCGCUGGGAACAUUAUGUCCAGGACACUAAUGGGUGGACGAUCCGAGCGUAACGAGUUCUUGUUACUUCAUGCUUUUUAUGAAAACAACUAUAUCGUGCCUGACAAGCAGAUUUUCAGAAAGCCUCAGCAAAAACUGGGUGAUGAAGAUGAAGAAAUUGAUGGGGAUACCAAUAAGUACAAGAAAGGACGUAAAAAAGCAGCUUAUGCUGGAGGCUUAGUUUUGGACCCCAAAGUUGGUUUUUAUGAUAAGUUCAUUUUGCUCCUGGACUUCAACAGUUUAUAUCCCUCCAUCAUUCAGGAAUUUAACAUUUGUUUCACGACAGUGCAAAGAGUUUCUUCAGAGGCACAGAAGGUUACAGAGGAUGGAGAACAAGAACAGAUCCCUGAGUUGCCAGAUCCAAGCCUCGAAAUGGGCAUUUUGCCCAGAGAGAUCCGGAAACUGGUAGAACGGAGAAAACAAGUCAAACAGCUAAUGAAACAGCAAGAUUUAAACCCAGACCUUGUUCUUCAGUAUGACAUCCGACAGAAGGCUUUGAAGCUUACAGCCAACAGUAUGUACGGUUGCUUGGGAUUUUCCUACAGCAGAUUUUAUGCCAAACCACUGGCUGCCUUGGUGACAUACAAAGGAAGGGAGAUUUUGAUGCAUACGAAAGAGAUGGUACAGAAGAUUAAUCUUGAAGUUAUAUAUGGAGAUACAGAUUCAAUUAUGAUAAACACCAAUAGCACCGAUCUGGAGGAAGUAUUUAAGUUGGGAAAUAAGGUAAAAAAUGAAGUGAAUAAGUUGUACAAACUACUUGAAAUAGACAUUGAUGGUGUUUUCAAGUCUUUGCUACUACUGAAGAAAAAGAAAUACGCUGCUCUGGUUGUCGAACCAACAUCAGAUGGGAAUUAUUUCACCAAACAGGAGCUGAAAGGAUUGGAUAUUGUUAGAAGAGAUUGGUGUGAUCUUGCUAAGGACACUGGGAACUUUGUCAUUGGCCAGAUUCUUUCUGAUCAAAGCCGGGACACUAUAGUGGAAAACAUCCAGAAGAGGUUAAUACAUAUUGGAGAAAAUGUGCUAAAUGGCAGUGUCCCAGUGAGCCAGUUUGAAAUUAACAAGGCAUUGACAAAGGAUCCCCAGGAUUACCCAGAUAAAAAAAGCCUACCUCAUGUACAUGUUGCCCUCUGGAUAAAUUCUCAAGGAGGAAGAAAGGUCAAAGUCGGAGAUACUGUGUCAUACGUCAUCUGUCAGGAUGGAUCAAACCUUACUGCAAGUCAGAGGGCCUACGCACCUGAGCAACUGCAGAAACAGGACAAUUUAACCAUUGACACCCAAUAUUACCUGGCCCAGCAGAUCCACCCAGUUGUGGCUCGGAUCUGUGAGCCAAUAGAUGGAAUCGAUGCUGUCCUCAUUGCAACCUGGUUAGGACUUGACCCCACCCAAUUUAGAGUUCAUCAUUAUCAUAAAGAUGAAGAGAAUGAUACUGUCCUGGGUGGCCCAGCACAGCUCACUGAUGAAGAGAAAUACAAGGACUGUGAGAAAUUAAAAUGUCCAUGCCCUGCAUGUGGGACCGAGAAUAUUUAUGAUAAUGUCUUAGAUGGCUUGGGAACUGAUAUGGAACCCAGCUUGUAUCGUUGUAGUAACAUCGAUUGUAAGGCUUCACCUCUGGCCUUUAUGGUACAGCUGAACAACAAAUUGAUCGUGGACAUUAGACGUUGUAUUAAAAAGUACUAUGAUGGCUGGUUGAUAUGUGAGGAGCCAACAUGUCGCAAUCGAACUCGGCACCUUCCCCUUCAUUUCUCCCGAAACGGGCCUCUUUGUCCAGCAUGCAUGAAAGCGACACUUAGACCGGAGUAUUCUGACAAGUCCCUGUACACCCAGCUGUGCUUUUACCGGUACAUUUUUGAUGUGGACUAUGCACUGGAGAAACUUACCGAUCAUGAGAAAGAUAAAUUGAAGAAGCAGUUUUUUCUCCCCAAAGUUUGUCAGGACUACAAAAAACUCAAGAACACAGUAGAGCUAUUCUUGUCCCGAAGCGGCUACUCAGAAGUGAACCUCAGCAAACUCUUUGCAGAUUGCUCCGUGAAGUGCUGAAGGAAUCCCAGAGCGAAGAGGGGGGAAGCCGAAGAAUCCCAGCUUCCUCCAACUUCUGGCCCUGACUGCUUCUCAGGCAUCUUCUUUGCAUUUUGUAUUUGUGUGGAUGUGGGCUGGGAGGAGGCAUUGCAACAAUAUUUCAUCUACUAAGUGUCCGAGGAAAUCCAGUCACCGUAUUAGCAUGUCCCGCUUUAAAACACAACCCCAGCCCUUCCUCAAACACCCGGAGACCCAGCAUACUGGGAACUAGGUUUCUGGGGCCCAAAAAGUGCUAUUCCAUUGAGAGUAGCUGGAAUGUCAGUGACCCCAGGCUUUGCCCCAGUGCCUUUAGCCUUUAGCGGAAAUGCCCCCCAGAAAGAGAGGUUCUGGAGCCUGAUAGUGCACUAACAUUUUGCCUUUUCACUCACCAGUUACACGCAGGCAGUCUCGAUCCAAAUGCUUCCCCAGCAGCUUGCUUGGGGAGUGGCUAUGUUUUUCAGUCUUUUAUAUAG